AAAUUUUUGUUAGGGAGGGAAAAAAACUAAAAAUUUUCUGUAGAUAGAAAUUUAAUAUUUGAAAAGUCUUUUUGAAUAGGUAAUUACGUUUAAGGAACACCAUCAACAACAGUAUCCAAGAUGCCAUUAGUCGUCCAAGAACAAGGUUCAUUCCAACACAUCUUACGUUUAUUAAAUACCAACAUUGAUGGUAGAAUUAAAAUCAUGUACGCCUUAACCAAGAUUAGAGGUGUCGGUAGAAGAUACUCUAACUUGGUCUGUAAGAAGGCUGAUGUUGAAUUAACCAAGAGAGCUGGUGAAUUAACUCAAGAAGAAUUAGAAAGAAUUGUUACCAUUAUGCAAAACCCAACUGACUAUAAGAUCCCAGCUUGGUUCUUAAACAGACAAAAGGAUCACACUGAUGGUAAGGAUUACCACACCUUAGCUAACAACUUAGAAUCUAAGUUAAGAGAUGAUUUAGAAAGAUUAAAGAAAAUCAGAUCCCACAGAGGUAUCAGACACUUCUGGGGUUUAAAGGUCAGAGGUCAACAUACCAAGACUACUUCCCGUGGUCGUUAAAUCUAAAAUUAUUUUUAAGUUGCUACAUACUAAUUUAAUCCAUUUUGUAAAUUUUUAAGUAUUUCUUAUUGUAAUUUAAAAUAGUUUUAUUCAUUUCCUUAUUUCAAUGAAAUAAAAAAAACCAUCCCAAUAUACAUUAUAUAUAUAAUAUA